AUGGCCACUGCAAAUGCAGCUAAAUAUGGCCGUGAUGAUAAACCCACAAAGUUGGUCACUUUGUUGGGUAAAGGUGGCUUUGGAAAAACCACUGCUGUUAUUUUUGCAGCUCAGCUCCGCCUGGCCGCAGACGGCGAUUUUUUGUUGCGGGGGAAGAUGGGAGAAUGGAGACUGAGAAGAGUGGUCUGGUGGCUAUUUUUCAUUGUGGUUUUUGAUGUGGUCGCCGUUGAACCGAGUGAUAUGUUCGUGUUGCCUGCAAAUGAUGCUGUCUCCAGUAUUUGGUUGGUGGUGGUUGUGAUGGUGAUGGUGGUGGUGGUCGUGAUGGUGGCAAGAGGAGGGGGAGAAGAUGGUGGUGGUAGUGGUGGUGGUGUGCUGUGGAUUGUGAGCUGUGCUGUAGUGUUGUGUUUCCCCCCUUCUCAAGCCUUGCGAAGUGCGAACUCAUUACGCGAUGCGAUUCUCAAACCGUGCGAACUCAAAAAUCGGCACUGCAUCGUUCUUAAAGCUGCGUUCUCUCACGUCUGGUCAUCGCUCGCUGCUGCAAGAGCAGAUAAUUUUUACUAUCCUCCAGAAGCUCUCCAAUUCUCACCCAAGGCCGUCUUUAACUGGUGA